AUGACCACUUUACUCUUGGUGUUUGUGACUCUGAGGGUCAUCACGGCAGCCAGCACCAUAGAAGCUUCAGACCCUGACAACUCGCUGAGUGUCAGCAUUCCUGAACCAUCCCCCCUGCGGGUCCUCCUGGGGAGCUCCAUCACCAUCCCCUGCUAUUUCAUCGACCCCAUGCACCCCGUGACCACCGCCCCCUCCACCGCCCCCCUCUCGCCGAGAAUCAAGUGGAGCCGCAUUUCUAAGGAAAAGGAGGUGGUGCUGCUGGUGGCCACGGACGGGCAGGUGCGGGUCAACAGUGCCUACCAAGGCAAGGUCUCGCUGCCCAACUACCCAGCCAUCCCCAGCGACGCCACCUUGGAAGUCCAGAGCCUGCGUUCCAAUGACUCGGGGAUCUAUCGCUGUGAGGUGAUGCAUGGCAUUGAGGACAGCGAGGCGACCCUGGAGGUCGUGGUGAAAGGCAUUGUGUUCCAUUACAGAGCCAUCUCCACGCGCUACACGCUGGACUUUGACCGGGCGCAGCGGGCCUGCCUGCAGAACAGCGCUGUCAUUGCCACACCCGAACAGCUGCAGGCUGCCUAUGAGGAUGGCUUCCACCAGUGCGACGCCGGCUGGCUGGCCGACCAGACUGUCAGGUACCCCAUCCACACUCCGAGGGAAGGCUGCUAUGGCGACAAAGAUGAGUUUCCCGGCGUGAGGACAUACGGCAUCAGAGACACCAAUGAGACCUAUGACGUGUACUGCUUCGCCGAGGAGAUGGAGGGCGAUGUCUUCUACGCGACGUCCCCGGAGAAGUUCACCUUCCAGGAGGCAGGUGCUGAGUGCCGGCGGCUGGGCGCCCGGCUGGCCACCACGGGCCAGCUCUACCUGGCCUGGCAGAGUGGCAUGGACAUGUGCAGCGCCGGCUGGCUGGCCGACCGCAGCGUGCGCUACCCCAUCUCCAAGGCCCGGCCCAACUGCGGGGGCAACCUGCUGGGCGUGAGGACCGUCUACGUGCACGCCAACCAGACGGGCUACCCCGACCCCUCGUCCCGCUACGACGCCAUCUGCUACACAGGUGAAGACUUUAUAGACAUCCCAGAAAACUUCUUCGGGCUGGGUGGCGAGGAGGACAUCACCAUCCAGACGGUGACCUGGCCUGCUGUGGAGCUGCCCCUCCCCCGAAACGUCACUGAGGGUGAAGCCCGAGGCAACGUGAUCCUUACUGUGAAACCCAUCUUUGACAUGUCCCCCACUGACCCGGAGCCUGAGGAGCCCUUCACAUUUGUCCCCGAAGUGGGAGCCACUGCCUUCCCCGAGGCUGAGGACAGGACUGGAGAGGCCACCAGGCCCUGGGGUGUCCCCGAGGAGUCCACGCCUGGCCUGGCCUUCACCGCCUUCACCAGCGAGGACCAUGUCGUGCAGGUGACCGCAGUCCCAGGUGCCACUGAGGUUCCCGGGCGGCCACGAUUGCCAGGGGGGGUCGUGUUCCACUACCGCCCAGGCUCUGCCCGCUACGCACUGACUUUCGAGGAGGCCCAGCAGGCCUGCCUGCGCACAGGGGCAGUGAUCGCCUCCCCGGAGCAGCUCCAGGCCGCCUACGAAGCGGGCUACGAGCAAUGCGACGCCGGUUGGCUGCAAGACCAAACUGUCAGAUACCCCAUUGUGAGCCCACGAACCCCGUGCGUGGGUGACAAAGACAGCAGCCCAGGGGUCAGGACCUACGGCGUGCAGCCACCGUCAGAAACCUAUGAUGUCUACUGCUACGUGGACCGGCUCGAGGGGGAGGUGUUCUUCGUCACACGGCCGGAGCAGUUCACUUUCCAGGAGGCGCUGGCGUUCUGUGAGUCCCACAACGCCACACUGGCCUCCACGGGCCAGCUCUACGCCGCCUGGAGCCAGGGCCUGGAAAAGUGCUACGCCGGCUGGCUGUCGGACGGCAGCCUGCGCUACCCCAUCGUCACCCCGAGGCCCUCCUGUGGCGGCGACAAGCCGGGCGUGAGAACGGUCUACCUCUACCCCAACCAGACCGGUCUCCCAGACCCCCUGUCCCGCCAUCACGCCUUCUGCUUCCGAGGUGUCUCAGCAGCGCCCUCUCCAGGAGAAGAAGAGGGUGGCACGCCCACCCCCGCUGUCGUGGAAGACUGGAUCGCCACCCAGGUGGUGCCUGGUGUGGCUGCUGUCCCCUCAGGAGAGGCCACCACAAUCCCAGACUUCACCAUUGAGCCAGAGAACCAGACGGAAUGGGAACUGGCCUACACCCCGGCGGGCACUUCCCCACCACCAGGAAUCCCUCCAACAUGGCCUCCUACCGGCGCAGCCACAGAGGAGAGCACGGAAAGCCCUUCUGGAACAGAAGUGCCCUCAACCUCAGAGGAGCCAGGCCCCUCGGAGGAGCCCUUCCCCUGGGAGGAGCCGUCCACACCCGCCCCCCCGGUGCUGGCUGGGACUGAGCUGCCAGGCUCUGGGGAGGCAUCCGGGGCACCCGAAGUCAGCGGUGACUUCACAGGCAGUGGAGAAGUUUCAGGACGUCUAGACUCCAGCGGACAGCUCUCAGGGGAACGUGCAAGUGGACUGCCCUCUGGAGAUCUUGACUCCAGUGGUCUCACCUCUGCAGUUGGCUCAGGCCUGCCCGUGGAAAGUGGACUGGCCUCGGGCGAAGAAGAGAGAAUUACGAGGCCCAGCGUUCCUAAAGUUGGAGGCGAGGGCCUGGAGACCUCUGCCUCUGGAGUAGGGGACCUCAGCGGGCUGCCUUCUGGAGAGGGUCCAGAAGUCUCUGCCUCUGGAGUGGAGGUCCUCAGCGGUCUACCUUCUGGAGAGGGUCCAGAAGUCUCUGCCUCUGGAGUAGAGGUACCUUCUGGAGAGGGUCCAGAAGUCUCUGCCUCUGGAGUAGAGGUACCUUCUGGAGAGGGUCCAGAAGUCUCUGCCUCUGGAGUAGAGGUCCUCAGCGGUCUACCUUCUGGAGAGGGUCCAGAAGUCUCUGCCUCUGGAGUAGGGGACCUCAGCGGGCUACCUUCUGGAGAAGGUCCAGAAGUCUCUGCCUCUGGAGUAGAGGUCCUCAGCGGGCUACCUUCUGGAGAAGGUCCAGAAGUCUCUGCCUCUGGAGUAGAGGUCCUCAGCGGUCUACCUUCUGGAGAGGGUCCAGAAGUCUCUGCCUCUGGAGUAGGGGACCUCAGCGGGCUACCUUCUGGAGAAGGUCCAGAAGUCUCUGCCUCUGGAGUAGGGGACCUCAGCGGGCUACCUUCUGGAGAAGGUCCAGAAGUCUCUGCCUCUGGAGUAGAGGACCUCAGCGGGCUUCCUUCUGGAGAAGGUCCAGAAGUCUCUGCCUCUGGAGUAGGGGACCUCAGCGGGCUGCCUUCUGGAGAGGGUCCAGAAGUCUCUGCCUCUGGAGUAGAGGUCCUCAGUGGCCUUCCUUCUGGAGAGGGUCCAGAAGUCUCUGCCUCUGGAGUAGGGGUCCUCAGCGGGCUACCCUCUGGAGAAGUUCCAGAGGUUUCUGCCUCUGGAGUAGAGGACCUCAGUGGCCUUCCUUCUGGAGAGGGUCCAGAAGUCUCUGCCUCUGGAGUAGGGGAUCUCAGCGGGCUGCCUUCUGGAGAAGGUCCAGAAGUCUCUGCCUCUGGAGUAGGGGACCUCAGCGGGCUUCCUUCUGGAGAAGGUCCAGAAGUCUCUGCCUCUGGAUUAGAGGACCUCAGUGGGCUUCCUUCUGGAGUAGAGGGUCAUCCAGAGACUUCUGCUUCUGGAGUAGAGGGCCUGGGUGAACUUCCUUCUGGAGGAGAGGGUCUAGAGAUCUCUCCUUCUGGAGCCGAGGAACUCAGUGGGUUGCCUUCUGGGAAGGAAGACUUGAUUGGGUCAGCUUCCGGAGACUUGGACUUAAGCAGAAUACCUUCUGGAACUCUAGGAAGUGGGCAAGCUCCAGAAGCAAGUGGCCUUCCCUCUGGAUUUAGCGGUGAGUAUUCUGGGGCAGACCUUGGAAGUGGCCCGUCCUCUGGCCUACCUGACUUUAGUGGACUUCCCUCUGGAUUCCCAACUGUCUCCCUAGUGGACACUACAUUGGUGGAAGUGGUCACAACCACCACUGCAAGUGAGCUGGAAGGGAGGGGGACUAUUGGCAUCAGCGGUGCUGGAGAAACAUUUGGGCUGCCCUUCAGCGAGCUGGACAUUAGUGGGGCAGUUAGCGGCCUCCCAUCAGGAGCUGAACUCAGUGGCCAAGCAUCUGGGUCUCCUGAUAUCAGUGGGGAAACAUCUGGAUUCUUUGGUGUCAGUGGACAGCCAUCAGAGUUCUCUGGGGAAACAUCUGCAGUGACGGAGCUCAGCGGACUGUUCUCUGGCCAACCGGAUGUCAGUGGAGAAGCUUCUGGAGUUCUUUCUGGCAGUGGUCAGCCAUUUGGCAUAACAGACCUGAGUGGAGAAACCUCUGGGGUCCCUGGUAUCAGUGGGCAGCCCUCGGGGCUGCCAGAGUUCAGUGAGACAACCUCCGGAAUCCCUGACCUGCUUCCCAGUGCCGUGAGUGGCAGUGGUGAAUCUUCUGGCAUCACGUUUGUGGACACCAGUUUGGUUGAAGUGACCCCGACUACAUUUAAAGAAGAAGAAGGCUUGGGGUCUGUGGAACUCAGCGGACUCCCUUCAGGGGAGGCAGAUCUGUCGGGCACGUCUGGGAUAAUGGACAUCAGUGGACGGUCUUCUGGAGCAGUCGACUCCAGCGGGUUUACCCCCCAGCCUCCAGAAUUCAGUGGCCUGCCAAGUGGAGUAGCUGAAGUCAGUGGAGAAGCCUCCGGAGCAGAGAUUGGGAGCAGCCUGCCCUCGGGAGCCUAUGACGGCAGUGGACUUGCUUCUGGGUUCCCCACCGUCUCUCUUGUAGAUAGGACUUUGGUGGAAUCUGUGACCCAGGCUCCAACAGCCCAAGAAGCAGGAGAAGGGCCUUCGGGCAUCAUGGAACUCAGUGGUGCCCACUCUGGGGCACCAGACGUGUCUGGAGACCAUUCAGGAGUUUUGGACCAGAGCGGGCUGCAGUCCGGGCUGGUGGGGGGCACUGGGGAGCCGUCAAGCACUCCAUAUUUUAGCGGGGACUUUUCAGGCACUGUGGAUGUAAGUGGCGAAUCUUCUGCGGCCACGGGCACCAGCGGGGAGGCCUCGGGACUUCCGGAAGUCACUUUGAUCACUUCUGAGUUCGUGGAGGGCAUCACUGAACCAACUGUUUCCCAGGAACUUGCCCAAAGACCCCCUGUGACACACACACCCCGGCUUUUUGAGUCCAGUGGAGAAGCCUCUGCGUCUGGGGAACUGAGUGGAGCCACGGCAACAUUCCCCGGGUCUGGGGUAGGAUUGGUCCCCGAAUCCAGCCCCAGCCAGACGCCUGCCUUUCCUGAGGCCGGGGUGGGGGCGUCUGUGGCCCCCGAGGCCAGCGGAGGGGCUUCCAGGUCCCCUGACCUGAGCGAAGCCACCUCCACCUUCCCCAGCGCUGAUGUGGAGGGAGCCUCAGGCCUGGCGGUGAGCGGCAGCACCUCGGCCUUUCCAGAAGGCCCCGGGGAGGGCUCGGCCACCCCAGAAGUGCGGGAAGAGUCAACCACCACCCGUGAUGUGGGCACAGAGGCGUCAGGCUGGCCUUCAGCCCCUCCGACGGCUUCUGGAGACAGGACUGAAAUCAGCGGAGACCUGUCCAGUCACACGUCGGGGCUGGACGUCGUCAUUGGUACUAGCGUCCCAGAGUCUGAAUGGACCGAGCAGACCCAGCGCCCUGCAGAGACGCACUUAGAAAUCGAGUCUUCAAGCCCCUUGCACUCGGAAGAAGAGACCCAAACAGCCCAAACAGCCACCUUCCCUAUAGAUGCUUCCAUCUCAGCUCCUCCAGGAGGGACGGAUGAAUCCGUGGCAACCGUUGCAGACAUUGAUGAGUGCCUCUCAAGCCCUUGUCUGAAUGGAGCCACCUGCGUGGACGCCAUCGACUCUUUCACAUGCUUAUGCCUUCCCAGCUACCGAGGGGACCUGUGUGAGAUUGACCAAGAGCUGUGUGAGGAGGGCUGGACCAAGUUCCAGGGCCACUGUUACCGCUACUUCCCCGACCGCGAGAGCUGGGUGGACGCGGAGAGCCGGUGCCGGGCACAGCAGUCGCACCUGAGCAGCAUUGUCACCCCUGAGGAGCAAGAGUUUGUCAACAACAAUGCCCAGGACUACCAGUGGAUCGGCCUGAACGACAGGACCAUCGAAGGGGACUUCCGCUGGUCAGAUGGACACUCCCUGCAAUUUGAGAAUUGGCGCCCCAACCAGCCAGACAACUUCUUCGUCAGUGGAGAGGACUGCGUGGUGAUGAUCUGGCACGAGAAAGGAGAGUGGAAUGACGUCCCCUGCAAUUACUACCUGCCCUUCACAUGUAAAAAGGGCACAGUGGCCUGUGGAGACCCCCCGGUGGUGGAGCACGCCAGGACCUUCGGGCAGAAGAAGGACCGGUAUGAGAUCAAUUCCCUGGUUCGGUACCAGUGCACGGAGGGCUUUGUCCAGCGCCACCUGCCCACCAUCCGGUGCCAGCCGAGCGGGCACUGGGAGGAGCCUCGGAUCACCUGCACAGACCCCUCCACAUACAAGCGCAGGCUACAGAAGCGGAGCUCGUGGAGGUCCUGGGGCCCCCGGAGGAGCCGCCCCAGCACAGCCCACUGAAAACACCCAGGAGGCGCCCAGGAUGCUGAGCCCAGGAGCCUCGCCAGGCUGACAUCCCUCACGGAUGGUCUCCUCUUCCUGUCGCUUUCUGUCAUUUAAGGAAUUCCAUUAAAGAAGGAAAAAAAACAAAAGCAAAUCCCACAUUGUGUAUGCACCUCCCCCACCCCCCCCAAAUCGCCAAAACUGCAUCUGAUUUUCCCCCCCAAUGCCAAAGCCAAGCAAGCGCAUUGUAACCCAUGGACUGAGUUCAGAGACGUUUCUUCAAUCUCCCGUUGUGCCUUUGCAGGGACCAGCGCAGGGACAAGGGGAG